CCCCUCCCCUUAAACUGCCCCCUUCCCACCAACUCACCCGGGCCUCGUAGGACAGGAAGCCGAAAACUAUCAACACGUCACCUGCAUAUUCAUUUACUUUUAUUAAUCGGUAUGCAAUCCUUCACAUCCAAUCCCUCUCAAACUUCCCAGCUUAAGUGCUCUCCCCUUCUCUCUCUCGACAUCCCGGAUCUCUCUCUCUAAACCCCGAGGCUGGCCAUGGCGUCCUCCCAGCCCUUCUCCUCCGUACCCCCGCGGCCCCGGCCGGGCUUCAGCCUUAGUCCUAAUCCCACCCCUUCUUCCACCGCCGACGCCCUUCAGAACCUCCAAAUCGGCCGCGUCCCACCGCCCUCCGCCGCCCCCUCCGCCGCCGCCGGCCCCUUCUCCUCCCCCGCCUCCCGCCCCGGCCCUCCUCCCCCCGCCGCCACCCUCUCCCGCCCUGGUCCUCCUCCCUUCGCCUCCGGGCACCCGACCACCUCCGGGCUCCCGACCACCUCCGCUUCGAUCACUAGCAACGGGCCCCCCGCCUUCGGGCUCGGCGCCCCGCGCUUCCCUCCCCCGCCCCCCGCUGUCCAGCAGCCGCCUCCAAUGGGCGCGCCAGCGUCGAUCAGGGCCCCUCCCCAGGCCCUAGUCUCCCGGCCGUUCCCUGGAAGCUCUCCGUCCGUCGCCCUCCCGUCCUCGCAGCCGUUCAUGGGCCCGCCACCGUCCUCGCAGCCAUAUAUGAACCCGCUGCCGUCCUCUCAGCCGUUUAUGGGCCCGCCCUCCUCGCGGCCGUUCGCUGGACCCCCGUCCUCGCAGCCGUUCGCUGGACCCCCGUCCUCGCAGCCGUUCGGUGCACCGCCGUCCUCCCAGCCGUUCGGGGCACCGCCGUCCUCCCGUCCGUCCGGUGGACCGCCAUCCUCUCAGACUUCCGGUGGACCCCCGUCCUCCCAGCCGUUCGUUGGACCACCGUCCUCCCAGCCUUUUGCUGGACGGCCGUCUUCCCAGCCGUUUAUGGGCACCACGACACCAUUCCGAGGGACCCUGGCUUCCAGUUCUCCCUUUGGGACUCCAUCAUGGCAGCUGCAGACACAGCAGGGUGCACCACCCAUGCCGGGUACCAUGCAAGCGCCACCGAGAAUGUUUGGCAUGCCACCACACAUGCCUGGUCAACCUAUGGCUCCAGUCCCACCCGUGACUGGACACUCUCCUCUUGCAGGGCAUCAGGUGUCAACACCGUCAAAAAUCGAUCCAAAUCAGAUUCCACGGCCUGUGCCAAAUACCUCAGUUGUCCUGUUUGAGACUCGUCAGGGAAAUCAAGCAAACAUUCCACCGCCUGCCACAAGUGAUUUCAUUGUCAAGGAUAAUGGCAACUGCAGCCCGCGAUUGAUGAGAUGCACCAUGAAUCAGAUACCAUGCACUGGAGAUCUGUUGUCGACAUCCAGCAUGCCCCUGGCUUUGAUGAUACAACCCUUUGCGCUUCCACAUCCAUCUGAGGAGCCUAUCCAAGUUGUGGACUUUGGGGAAAGCGGACCUCUUAGAUGUUCUCGCUGCAAAGGAUAUAUAAAUCCUUUCAUGAGAUUUGUUGAUCAAGGACGGCAUUUCAUUUGCAAUCUAUGUGGAUUUACCAAUGAGACUCCUCGGGACUACUACUGUAAUCUAGGGCCAGAUGGUAGGCGGCAUGAUGCUGAUGAAAGGCCCGAGCUAUGUGGAGGAACAGUGGAAUUUGUUGCUACUAAGGAAUACAUGGUCCGUGAUCCAAUGCCUGCUGUGUUUUUCUUCAUCAUUGAUGUCUCAAUGAAUGCUAUACAAACUGGUGCAACUGCAGCAGCUUGUACUGCAAUCAACCAGGCUCUUGUAGAUCUCCCUGAAGGUCCUCGAACAUUGGUGGGCAUUGCAACCUUUGAUUCAUCUAUUCAUUUUUACAAUAUUAAACAAGCUUCACAGCAGCCUUUGAUGCUCAUUGUUCCUGAUGUACAAGAUGUUUAUACACCCCUUCAUACUGACCUAAUAGUUCAACUUAGUGAGUGCCGUCAAAAUUUGGAGCAAUUGCUGGACAGCAUCCCAAACAUGUUUGAAAAUAAUAGAGUUGCUGACUCUGCAUUUGGUGCCGCUAUCAAGGCUGCGUUCCUGGCUAUGAAACCCACAGGUGGAAAGCUACUCGUAUUUCAAUCAGUCUUGCCGUCAAUUGGUAUUGGAUCUCUUUCUUCCAGAGAAGCAGAAGGACGAACAAAUGUUUCUUCAGGAGAUAAGGAGGCCCAUAAAUUGCUUCAGCCAGCGGAUAAGACUCUGAAAACAAUGGCGAUAGAGUUUGCUGAAUAUCAAGUUUGUGUGGACAUAUUCCUUACAACUCAGACCUUUGUAGACAUUGCUUCUAUCUCUGUUGUUCCGAGAACUACUGGUGGACAGGUUUAUUAUUACUACCCAUUUUCAGUUCUUUCUGAUCCUGCUAAACUCUACAAUGAUCUUAGAUGGAACAUCAGUAGACCCCAAGGUUUUGAAGCUGUGAUGCGUGUAAGAUGCAGCCAGGGUCUUCAAGUUCAGGAGUAUUCUGGAAAUUUUUGCAAGCGCAUUCCCUCUGAUAUUGAUCUCCCUGCGAUUGAUUGUGAUAAAACCAUAAUGGUCACUUUCAAACAUGAUGAUAAGUUCCAGGAGGGCUCAGAAUGUGCUUUUCAGUGUGCACUUCUUUACACUACAGUGUAUGGGCAAAGAAGAAUUCGAAUUAUAAAUCUCUCGCUUCCCUGCACCAGCAUGCUCAGCAAUCUGUUCCGUUCAGCUGAUUUGGACACUCAGUUUACUUGUUUUCUGAAGCAAGCUGCAAACGGCAUCCCAGCCAGUCCUCUUUUUCAAGUGCGGGAACAAACCACAAACCUCUGCAUCAACAUCUUACACUCGUAUCGUAAAUUUUGUGCAACCGUAUCAUCAUCUGGACAAUUAAUUCUUCCAGAAGCGCUUAAGCUUUUGCCUCUAUAUACCCUAGCUUUGGUCAAAAGCAUUGGCUUGCGAAAUGAUGGGUGGUUGGAUGACCGGUCCUACUGGGUCAGCCGUUCUGCUUCACUUUCUAUUCUGCUGGCGGUUCCAUUGGUGUACCCUAGGAUGAUUUCUAUUCAUGAUCUUGCUUCAAAGGAGGAUGAUGGAUCUCUUUUAUCUGCUACAAUUCCUUUAUCCAGCGAGCAUAUAAAUGAUGAUGGAAUUUAUCUGCUGGAAAAUGGUGAGGAUGGUCUGUUUUAUGUUGGAAACAUGGUGAAUCCAGAUACUCUCCAACAGUUAUUUGGAGUUUCUUCCGUGGAUGGGGUUCCAACCCAGCUGGUACUGCAGCAAUUUGAUAAUGAUCUUUCAAAGAAACUCAUUGAUGUUGUUAAUGAGACAAGACGCCAGAGAUGUUCGUACUUACGUUUGCGGCUAUGCAGAAAAGGAGAUCCAUCAGCUUUGUUUUUCCUUUCAUAUAUGGUUGAAGACAAGACUCCAGGUGGCCUUUCCUAUGUGGAGUUCCUUGUACAUGUUCAUCGGCAAAUACAAACAAAAAUGGCAUGAGGCUUAAGACCUGUUCAAGUUUUGGUUGCUACGAGAUUUUCAUUUGUAAAAGAUCCAUCCAAACUGGAAAUGGAUAGAAGACAUGAGCAUGGGAUUCAUCCUGACAAAUGCACAUGCUUGGUGCUGUUUAUGCCAACUAGGCCAAGUAAGUGAGAAUAGGUGCGGGAUUUUUGUGGUUGCAGUUUUGAUAACUAUUAGGACUUGGGAGACAGGCGAUACAAGUAGUGUAAAACAGAGCUUGGUUAUUGAUCUGAGGUCCUUUUUCCUUUUCUUGAGAUUUGUUUUUUAUUAGUUGUAAACCAAGAGGCUGUAUGAUAUGGAAAGAAAUGCUGGGGGCUUAGCAAUACACAUUAGGCUUUGGUGGCUGCUUAUUGUUUCAUCGAGAGUACCUAUUUUUGAGGUGUAACAACUUUGUAGGAGGUUCUCCACGCAUAUCAAACUUCAUAUUUAUCAUUGCUAUUGUUUCCCUUCCAACAUUAAGGAUCAUCUUUUACUGGUGGAGUGCUAGACAAAGGUAGCUAUAAUUUUCUUUUCUAUUUUUAUGUUAUGUAUUUGUAAUUAUGCAGGGAAAUGAAGAGUCAUUACCUUCUUAAA